CCCACCCCAGCCCGUCACCUGACGUUCCUGCUGGCGGGUUAAGUCUUCCCUUUCACUUCGUUUCAGGGCAAGGCUAUCAGGUCCUGGUCUUUGAUUUCACGUAAUGCUGAAUGCACUAAAAUCUCAUCGGUACUGGUGUCUGUGCUCCUGAUAAUGCGCACAGCGUGUUCAUUCCUGUCUAAUAUCAAACAUGGAAGCAAAGAGGCAAAAACGGAUUGUGAUUGCCGGCGCGGGUCUUGGAGGGCUUGCUGCAGCAUGCCGACUUGCUCGCAAUGGGCAUAACGUUCAACUUUACGAAAGGUCAAAGUCACUCUCGACAGCCAGUGGUGCCAUCUUUGUUAGAUCUAACGCUGUGCGAUGUUUUUACCGUUGGCAGCUGGGUGAAGCCCUCGAGGCCGUGACGGCUCCGAUUCGAAAUCAUCAAACACGUAAUGCAUUUACUAACAAGCUCUUGCAUCUUGCGCAAAGCACCCCAGCCUAUCCUGAGUGGUCGACCGAUCGUCAAGCACUGCAGACUGUUCUCUACGACCAAGCUUGCAAGGCCGGAGCGAUUGUACAUUUUGGGAAUGAGAUUAUCGAUAUUUCCGAGGACGAUUGCCAUGCGUAUGCGACUUGCAAAGACGGCACCAAGGUCACUGCAGACCUACUCCUAGCAGCCGAUGGGAUAUCCUCACGCUUACGCCCUAAAAUUCUUGUGGAUCACGACCCAGCCUCCCUGACUCCGACGCGAGUGCCAUCUACACACUACCCAGCAGAGAUUCCUGAAGCCAUCCUUGCUUCUAGCGAAUUGACCAGGUCCAUAUGCAUGAAACCAGACUCCGAAGAUAGCCUAAUGUGGGCUGGCGAGGGUGGCUAUGCCAUUGGCAAGUACAAUCAUGCACGACGCCUCUUUAACAUAAUGUUCUCCGUUCAACACGAUUUAGACGGCGAAGAUAGAGCCCAAAACCUAUUCGAUCAGACGGGAGAUGUGAGGUUUAUUAGAAACUUCUUUGCACCAUGCCACCCUAUCUUGCGCACCAUUGCUCACAUGACAGAUUCAUGCUCCCAGUGGCGCUUAGCUAGACUUGAGCCGCUGGAUACAUGGUCGAGUCCUGGGCGGAGAUUGGUGUUGCUAGGAGACUCGGCACAUGCCAUGCUGCCGAAUUUGGCACAGGGUUUCAGUUCUAUCAUUGAAGAUAUUGAUGUACUGUCCUUGCUGCUUGAGACCAGAUACGGGACGUCAGACAUCACUGAAAUGUGGGAGAAACUUCGUAUCCCACGUGUGAAAAAACUACAGGAUGCGUCGACAUGGAACUAUCAGUUGUACAACUCUGGUAAGGCGCCAGGAGACGAGUUGACAAGCGAGGAAAGAAACAGGCAUACAGGUGACGGCAAUAGAGAUGCGCCGUUUAACACUCUAGCCUUUACUAAGUGGAUCUUAGACUAUGAUGCAGCUGAAGAGACUAGAAAGUUCAUAGAAUAUAGAGCUAAGAUUUAACUUUACUUUUUUAUAUAUAUAAGAGCCAGUUAUCGGCAUAGUAGAAUUCUUGUUCAAGUUACUGGCAUAGUAGAGCGGGUUUUGGAAUUUACUGACAUAGUAGAGCUCUACUAAGCCAGUAAAUACCAAAGGCAUUUCCUAAUUAGGCAACGACUCUGUGAUAG